GCUAGUAUAAAAACUAUCUGCGAAUGCAACUAUUAAACCAAGUUUGCAGACUGCAUAAUUACUAUACAAGAAUUGAAGAGACCUCUUAUUUUUCCCAUGAUGACCAGAGCUUGUCCCACUAGUCGACCAGGCAGUCCCAAAUCAGCCACCACAGUUACAGGAGCCCAACCAUUGAGAAUGGCAAAGGAGAGAGGAGUUAGCAAAAAGUCUGCAACACAAACAAGAAUCAAGGCAAUCACAAAAUCACACUCUAAGGAAGAAUGCUUUGCAGUGUUAAAGGAUCUCCUGCCAUCGUCAAGCCAACAGCAAUCAGUGUCAGAGCUGGCUCUCAUUGAGGAAACUAUUGCCUAUAUUGCAUAUCUGGAGAAGAUACUACAACAGCCAACAAAUACCGAACAGAAAGAAUGUGAUGUUUCAGCUACAAUGCUCAUGCUGCAAAAGAUGAGAUUUACCUGAGGCCCAAACCCUCCCCCUCCCUUUAAUAGGGCCGACAUUUGACCACCAAUCUCCCCCCUCUAACAGCCCCUGUGAUGGUCACAUGACUUGAAACCAGCUGAACAGCAAGCCCCGCUAAUGUACCCAGUGAACACUUAGCGCAGCAUUUGCUCAAUUGGAACUACCCAUUUUCAGUUCAUUUAUUAAAUCAGUACUUUGUAUGCACAGUUAAAUUUGAAUCAACCAUUUCAGAAACACAAGAAGUACAUGUCACCUACAAAUAAUGGAAUUAUUCUGAAUAA